GGGCAGCAUGUUAGAUCUUGAAUCGCGCUGACCGGUCGGAGUUUUGCAUUGCACUAUAAUUAAUGAUCGUGAAUUGGCAAGAAUAGUUUUUGUGGUCGUUUCAAAGCGAGCAUAUAGAAACAAAGUUAUGAUCAUGUUUAAUUUAGACACAUCUUGGGUGGGUAAAUGAAACUAUGGUCGGGAAGUCGUCGGCCAUGGCAAGCCCAAUUAGCUCUUUCUUCCUUAUUCUGUUUCUUCAUCUAGUCAUCCUGCUCCUCCUCUCGACGAGUUGCGGGAGUAGUAGAUCCGUGCAGUCAACAAAACAUGUUGGCUUGUUCAUAUUCGGCGACUCUUUCUUAGAUGCUGGCAACAACAAUUACAUCAACACCACAACCCUUGACCAAGCAAAUUUCUGGCCUUACGGAGAAACAUAUUUCAAGCUCCCAACUGGGCGGUUUUCUGAUGGCCGAUUGGUAUCAGAUUUUAUUGCUGAAUACGCAGAGUUGCCAUUGAUUCCACCCUUUCUUCAACCGGGCAAUCCUCAAUAUUACAACGGAGUGAAUUUUGCUUCUGCUGGAGCAGGCGCUCUUGUCCAAACCUUUCAGGGGGAGGUUAUUGAUCUCAAAACACAGCUAUAUUACUAUAAGAAGGUGGAGGCAUGGUUGAGACACAAGUUAGGCAAUGCUGAAGCCAAAACAACAUUAUCAAGAGCCGUGUACCUGUUCAGCAUUGGAAGCAAUGAUUACAUGAGUCCUUUCUUAACCAAUUCAACUAUACUCAACUCUUAUUCCAAAUCAGAAUAUGUUGGGAUUGUAAUUGGAAACUUGACAUCCGUCAUCAGAGCUAUAUAUAAAAGAGGUGGUAGGAAAUUUGGGUUCAUCAAUUUGCCACCCUUGGGCUGUCUUCCAGGCAUGAGAAUCAUCAAACCAGAAAACAAUGGUAGCUGCUUGGAGGAAGUUUCCUCGCUAGCCAAGUUACACAACAUAGCUUUGUCCAUGCUCCUCCCAAUAUUAGAGAAGCAGUUAAAGGGGUUCAGAUAUUCGUUUUUUAACUUCAACAUCAAUCUCAGACAAAGAAUGAAUCAUCCCUCAAAAUAUGGUUUCAAGGAUGGGAGAGAGGCAUGUUGUGGGACAGGGAAGUUCAGAGGAGUAUUCAGUUGUGGAGGAAAAAGAUUAGUGAAGGAGUUCCAACUGUGUAAGAAUCCCAGCCAACAUAUCUUUUGGGACUCUUACCAUCUCACAGAAAGGCUUCACAAGCAAUUGGCAGAUCAAAUGUGGAGUGGGGAAAGCAACGCUUACAACCUUAGGGAUUUAUUCCAAUCUCUUUGAGUCUUUUAAUAUUUUAAACUAAUGUGUCUUAAGUGCUUCAAUCUUACAUGAAUUAGAGCGAAUGACAUAGAAGUUGUGCCUCC